AUGUCGACCUCCCCUUCGAAAGAACCUGAGGUGGAACAUGAAGCGCAAUCAGGCGAAGACCAGGAACAGAUGGAUAAAGAGCAGGAUCAAACGCAGAACCAGGGAGAAUUUGAGGUGAAGGAACAAGAUCGAUGGCUUCCAAUCGCAAAUGUGGCCCGCAUUAUGAAGCUGGCUCUUCCAGAGAAUGCAAAGAUCGCGAAAGAAGCUAAGGAGUGCAUGCAAGAAUGCGUGAGCGAAUUUAUCUCGUUCAUCACCAGUGAAGCUUCCGAAAAAUGCCAACAAGAGAAGCGCAAAACCGUUAAUGGAGAGGACAUUUUGUUUGCCAUGACCUCACUUGGGUUCGAAAACUAUGCGGAGGCCCUCAAAAUUUACCUGUCAAAGUACCGUGAGACUCAGUCCGCCCGAGGCGAACAUCCGAACCGACCAACAAGCAGUGGUUAUAACGCUGGCGGCCCCGUAGGCGGGCCUGGGCCCCAGGCUGGACGACCUGGUGCUUCUGCUUCAGGCGCCUUUCCUGAAGCUGCGGAUAGCACAAAUAACAUGAUGAACCCCGGCCUGGACCCCGCCGAACAGGAUACUUCAGCCUAUGGCUACCCUCCCAUGGUCGGCCAGCCUCAUAACGGGGCCGGAGGUGAAUCCUACUAG